AUGGCAGCUGAGCAGAAUUCAGACUUCGUGGACUUAUGGAAGCUUAAAAUUCCAGCUAAAGCACAGGUGUUUGCUUGGAGAUGUAUAAGGGACAGACUUUCGACAAAGAUGAAUCUAACAAGGCGACAAGUAGUGGUCAAUGACUUGAUGUGCCCACUAUGUGGAGAGGUAGAGGAGGAGGCUGCUCACUUAUUCUUUAAUUGCCGCAAUAUCCUACCCCUAUGGUGGGAGUCUUUAUCUUGGAUGGGCUUAUCAACAGCAGUACCCCAAAGUCCUAGGGAUCAUUACUUGCAUCACGUGCCCGAAUUUGCAGACAGAAAGAAACUUAUAAGUUGGAGAUGUUGGCGGAUUGCAAUGACAUGGACAACUUGGAAGCUUAGAAACAGAAUAGUAUUCCAAAAUGCCAUUUUUGAUGGAAGAAAAUUGAUGGAAGAUGCAAUUUUAACUCUUUGGACAUGGCUUAAAACCAUGGACACGGACUUUGCAACUCACUUCAAUCAAUGGUCUUCUAAUCUCAAGGAAGUGUUUAGGAAUUAG